CUGGAGCGAGUGGGAUUACAGACACGCACCUUGCUAUGUAUUAAUAGCUGGAGGUCAUUUUCAGGAAGAGAGCAGAACUCCAGGACCCGGACUGGCAGCCUUUACAGGAACAGAGUAAGACGUCAUGGACAAUAAAGCCAUGUAUCUGCAUACCUUCGACGAGAAGGAAAACGGAUCGGUGUUUGAGGAGUCGUUCGACGGGAAGAAUCUCUCCAAGAUGAACCUGUGUGAGAGCUGUCCAGCGAGAGGUCGAAGGUCAUCGAAACGCUGCGGUCAGCUGGGCUCCAUCGCAGCUCUAAAAUAUGCCGUGGUCGGUUUAUAUUUGCUCGUAUUUCUAAUCUUGGUCGGUGUGUUCAUCUUAGCGGUUUCAAGACCCCAGAGUUCCCCCGAAGAUCUAAAAGUACUGACGGGCAAUAUGAACCGUCUAAACGAGAGUUAUCGGGAUCUGCAGUUCAAACUGAUGCAGCUGACCUUCAAAGGCGACUUUAUGGAGCACAUCUGGAAGCUCCAAGACCUUUUCCAGAACCAUUCCGACUCCCUCUUCCAGCUAGCAGAAGCAUUGAAGAAACUGGAAGAAAAUGUACAAGACCUUCAGGACAUGGCCACCAAGACGGACACGGUGGUCACGGGUUUAGGUUCCAGACUAACUGAGCUCAGUGACUAUCACAACCUGGAAAUAUAUAGGCUAUCUACAGAGGUCAACGUCAGCAGAUAUGUUUCAGACCAUCACGACAUUCUUUUAAAAGAGAUAACCACCAAAGUAGAUGUACUCAAUGACCAAGUGAGUGAGAUGGUUGGCACUCUGAACACCGUUAACUCCACAGUCACUUACGACAUAGGCAUCCAUCACACGAGAAUUCAAGAUCUCCAGCUAUUAAUAACCAAUGUGACCGAGGACACCAGGCAUACAAGACUACUUCACAUUGUGAUGGAACAGCAGCUAAAACAUGAGAUGUCUCUCCUAAAUAAUAUAACAGAAGACCUCCGUCUUAAAGACUGGGAGCACUCAAUUGCCUUAAAAAAUAUUACUGUAAUCCAAGGUCCACCGGGGCCAAAGGGAGAACAAGGCCACGAAGGGAUGGAAGGGGAGCCCGGGGCCCCUGGAUUACCUGGAUUAAGAGGCUUUCCUGGAGAAAGGGGCCUACCUGGAAUGACCGGACCCAAAGGAGACCAAGGAGAUAUUGGACCACCUGGCAUCAUGGGAAUUAGAGGGUUAAAAGGUGAAAGAGGCCAAAAAGGAGAAAAGGGUGAAAAGGGAGAUAGAGCGGAUGCAGGACCCGUAGAAGAGCGGGUGAUUCGACUUGUGAACGGCUCUGGGCCUCAUGAAGGACGCGUGGAGGUUUAUCACGAGAACCGCUGGGGAACGGUUUGCGAUGAUGGCUGGGACAAAAAAGAUGGUGACGUGGUUUGCCGGAUGCUGGGCUUCAAAGGAGUUGAGGAGGUUUACAAGACGGCCAGGUUUGGUCAAGGUGUGGGGAGGAUCUGGAUGGAUGAUGUUGCUUGCAAAGGGACAGAGGACUCCAUCAUGAAGUGUUACUUUGGAGGUUUUGGAAAGACUAACUGUGGACAUGCUGAGGACGCCGGGGUGACGUGUAUAAAAGAAUGAGCCGGGGACAAAAA